AUGACUGAUCCCGGCCACGAACACCCCGGAGCAUUUCUCAACAGCACAACUGAUCGUAACCACGCACAAUUCCCGUCCUCGCCUCAUCGCUCGCCAUCAAGAAGACAUGAGCACCGCGGCCGAAGGAAACAUUCAUGUUCGCAUUACGAGGACAAAUCCGACCACGGAUCUGCCAGCUCAGUAUCCACGUCCCACCGACCAUCGAAAGCUCUCACGCCACACCAUACCACUGUUUGCCGAUGCGAAUGCGGAUGCAAAUGGAGCAAUUGUGGAGGUCAUUCUUCUUCAGAGGCACUCAUGCUCGCUUCUCUGGGGCGGAUGGUGCCAACAGCUACAUCGAAUCAAGCCUUGGUGAAACACGGAUCGCAAGACAUGGCAGGUCUUGGAGAUCCCAUCUUACGGAUCCUACGAGAGGAGCAGCUCACCAUAUACCGGCCUCCGGGAGCCGACAGGCUUAGUGCGGACAAUUACAGCAACAAGGUCAACUUUGGAUCGCUCCAUCAUGAGGCUCAUGCUCCUGCGAAAGUUGGUUUGAGAAUGAAGGCGCUGGAUUUCGGACUGAAGCAAGCGGGACUGCAGCGUAUCAGGAAGUGA